GUCAAAGAUGGCGCACGUUUCUCUAGCUUUCGGUUGUUGAAAGCGGAUUUUUUCCCAAAAAGAAAAAUUCGUGUCGUAAAUCCCGACUUCGUGACCAUUUCCAAGUAAUAACCGUGCUUUUGUUUGUUCUUAUUUUUACAUUUUGAAUGUUUUAAGCGUGGUAGUGAAAGAAAAAUACCUGCAGGAUGAAAGUGGUCAACCUUAAACAGGCCAUUUUACAGGCAUGGAAGGAGCGCUGGAGUGACUACCAAUGGGCUGUCAACAUUAAAAGGAACUUCCCGAAAGGGGCCACCUGGGACUAUCUAAACCUGGCAGAAGCUUUGAUGGAGCAGGCAAUGAUUGGUCCGUCACCCAACCCCCUAAUCCUGUCCUAUUUGAAGUAUGCCAUCAGCUCUCAGAUGGUGUCCUAUUCAAGCGUACUGACAGCUGUCAGUAAGUUUGAUGACUUCUCCCGAGAGCUGUGCGUCAAGGCUCUGCUGGAGAUAAUGGACAUGUUCACUCAUCGCCUCAGCUGCCACGGGAAGGCGGAGGAAUGCAUCGGGCUGUGCCGGGCGCUGCUGGGAGCGACCGUGUGGCUGUUGCAGGGCUGCGCCUGGUACUGCGAGCGGCUACGGGAGCAGGGCGAGUCAGCGGGGGGUGAGGCUGGGCUGCAAGCCUGCCUGCAGCGGCUGGAGGGCCUGCUGCAGAGCACCAAGAACAAAGCCCUCAUCCACAUCACUCGUCUAGAGGAGCCGGCCUCGUGGUCCAAUGUGGAGCAGGCAUUGGCUAGAGUGUCGGACAGCCUUAACAGCCUGACCAAUCAGACGCUGAAAGGAAAGCUGGAGGAGUGCGUGUCACAGGUGAAGAGCAUCCCCCAGAUGCUCACAGUGCAACCGGAGCCCCCCCUGCACACCACCUUCCCCUCCAUCCACGCCUUCGUCAUGCUGGAGGGUACCAUGAACCUGACAGGCGAGAUGCAGCCGCUGGUGGAGCAGCUCAUGAUGAUCAAGAGGAUGCAGCGGAUCCCCACGCCGCUGUUUGUCCUGGAAAUCUGGAAGGCAUGUUUCACGGGCCUCAUAGAGUCACCAGAGGGCACCGAGGAGCUGAAAUGGACAGCCUUCACAUUUCUUAAGAUCCCUCAGGUCCUGCUUAGACUGAAGAAGUAUCCUCAGGGCGAGAAGGACUUCAUGGACGAUGUGAACGUCGCAUUUGAAUACCUGCUGAAGCUCACGCCCCUGUUGGACAAGGCUGACCAGCGCUGCAACUGUGACUGUCUGAGCCUGCUUCUCCAGGAGUGUAACAAGCUGGGUCUGCUGUCGGAGAGCAACACGGCCAACCUCACUGCCAAGCGAGCCGAGGACAGGGAGUAUGCCCCGAGGCUGAAGACGGCAGAAAAUGCCAACAUCCAGCCCAACCCAGGGCUCAUCCUCCGGGCCGAGCCCACCGUCACCAACAUACUCAAGACGGUGGAUGCAGACCACUCCAAGUCCCCCGAGGGUCUGCUGGGAGUUCUAGGGCACAUGCUGUCUGGGAAGAGCCUGGACCUCCUCCUGGCUGCCGCUGCCGCCACUGGGAAGCUGAAGUCCUUUGCCCGGAAGUUUAUUAAGUUGAAUGAGUUUCCUAAGCACAUAAGUGGAGAAGGAUCCAAGUCGGCCUCCGUGCGAGCCCUCCUCUUCGACAUCUCCUUCCUCAUGCUCUGUCAUGUGGUGCAGACGUAUGGGUCAGAGGUGAUCCUGUCAGAGCCCAGCCCUUCAGGCGAGACCCCCUUUUUCGAGACGUGGCUGCAGACUUGCAUGCCGGAAGAGGGCAAGACGCUGAACCCAGACCACCCCUGCUUCCGGCCCGAAUCUGGGAAGGUGGAGAGUCUGGUCGCCCUGCUCAACAACUCCUCUGAAAUGAAGCUCAUUCAGAUGAAGUGGCAUGAGAUCUGCCUGUGCACGCCGGCAGCUGUCCUGGAGGUCCUGAAUGCCUGGGAGAACGGUGUGCUGUCUGUGGAGUCUGUGCAGAAGAUCACGGACAACAUCAAGGGGAAGGUGUGCAGCAUGGCGGUGUGUGCAGUGGCCUGGCUGGUGGCACACGUGCGCAUGUUGGGCCUAGAUGAGCGGGAGAAACCGCAGACAAUGAUACGGCAGCUCAUGACCCCGCUGUUCGGGGAGAACAUGCUGCAGUUCUACAAUGAGAGGGUCCUGAUCAUGAGCUCCAUUUUGGAGCACAUGUGUGCGGACGUCUUUCAGCAGACGGGCAUGACCCUGCGGCCCCCUAUGGAGGGCCAGGAGCCGGUGCCAUACCGCGGCCUGCUGGCCCCUCGAGAGCCCAUCCAAGAGGCGCUGAGCAGGCAGCUGCGUGUCGUGCUCCGGAAAGGCUGGGUGGACGGCCGGGCGCUGCACCUCUUCGAGAGCCUCCUGCAGAUGGGCGGGGUCUUCUGGUUCACCAACAACCUGGUCAAGGAGCUGCUGAAGGAGACGCGGCAGGAGUGGGCCACACGUGCUGUGGAGCUUCUGUAUAGUAUAUUCAGCCUAGACACCCACCAGAUCACCCUCACCCUUCUGGGUCACAUCUUGCCCAACCUACUGACCGACCCGGCACACUGGCAUGGCCUGGCGGACCCCCCCGGCAAGGCUCUGGCGAAGCUAUCUGUGUGGUGUGCCCUCAGCUCAUACGCCUCCCACCACAAGGGACAGAUCUCAGCUCGACAGCGCAAAAGACAGCGGGAGGACAUAGAGGACUACAGCAGCCUUUUCCCAUUGGACGACACCCAGCCCUCCAAGCUAAUGAGAUUGCUGAGCUCAAAUGAAGAUGAACCAUCCGUCCUGUCUAGCCCAGGUGAACGGUCCAUGAGCAGCUCUCUGUCUGCCUCGCAGUUUCAUACUGUCAACAUGCGGGACCCCCUUAACAGAGUCCUGGCAAACCUCUUCCUGCUGAUCUCCAACAUCUUGGGCUCAAAAACUGCAGGGUGCCAUACCCAGUUUGUCCAGAGCUUCAUGGAGGAGUGUGUGGACUGUCUGGAACAGGGAUGUCGGGCCAGCAUCUUGCAGUUCAUGCCCUUCACCAUGGUGUCUGAGCUGGUGAAGCUUCCUGACCUGGCCAAGCCUAAGGUGGUCCUCGCCAUAACAGACCUCACUCUGCCCCUGGGCAGGAGGGUAGCAGCCAAGGCCAUUGCAACUUUGUAGGCCCCCCCCCCCCCCCCCCCCCCCCCCAUCCCGAGGCUCGAUCACCCAUGGACGCUUUCCUCAUGCCACAACCUCAAUAUUUAACUCUUCCUUGGACUCCCUGUGCUAUGAACAUUGCUUCUGAAAUAAUUCGAGAAGUUUGUAGGGUGGUGUCGCAGUGGCUUGUUUGGUCCAUCCUACACGCCUGUCCACAUUCCAGAGUGGGAAAACAUCUUUUAGUAUUUGUAGAGUCACUUUGGAGAAAAACAUUUAAAUCUUUUUUUUUUGUGCUUUAUUAAAAUAUGAAAUUGUGCAA